AUGGCCUACAACUACGGUCUUAUUGGAAUUGACCUGGUGUCGUCAACUAGAUACGGCUUGAUCCGAUUUCAAGAACUGAUUGAGGUUGUUGCCGCACUCGAGACCCGUGGUUCUUGGUCCAACCCUACAUCCGAAGUCUUCGUUGAUGGUGGCGUCCAGAGAGCCUCACUUGAGUCCUCAAGACUGUCGGCCUCGGGGGCACCUGCCGUCAGUGUCGGU